AUGUUUCUUAACUACGAUGUAUGGGAUGCAAAUCCUCCGUCUCCUAGAAUCCGGUUUCGCACAAAAUACCUAUCUUCGCUCCACCAGAAGAAUAAAGGAAAAGGACGCGUGGGACAUGAUAAAGUGCACCAGGAUGAUCCUUACGUCGUUGUGUGCAUAGGCGGCUGUUUCAGCUUCCUGCGUGACAGUCUGAUACAGGGUGGUGCUUGCUCUUGUUUGGGUGUUUCCUCUCUUUCCUCUCUAACACCCUCCCUCUUUCUCUGUUGUUAUUGUUGUUGUUUCCUCCUGUCAAUUAAUCGCACUGGCACAGUCCCCUCCAGCGCCCCUCCUCAAUUGAGUCUCCCUUCGGGUCCAUAG